ACAUUCUUUGGAUAAAGAGAGAGCUUCUGUUUCCAGGGCCAUUGAUCCAACAGCUUUCAAUAGCUUCCUCUCAGAACAGAAAACAAUUUCCAAAGGUAUUGGUUACUGAGUGCUAGAGCGUGUUUAAAUAGCGCCCCCUGGUAAGAAGCCAGAGAACUGUUUUGUUCCCAGCUGCACUGUCUAUUACUGACACUCUCCUAGGUGAGACACAAUAGCUGUGGAGAUGACACAGAGCUAGGAUGUUACUGCUGAGGCUGAGCCUGAACAGACCAGAAGGAGGGAGAUUUGUUCAAAAAGGUCAAUGUUACAAGACAGACGGAAGGGGAUACAAGCCUGGAGGAUUCUGUCAGGCCCCGUUAUCAAGAUGUUGGGGUUCCUCGUGUCUGUAACGCCCCUACUACUUCUGUCUGCCCUGACCUCCCCCGCUGCAGGACAGCAGCCUCGGAACCGUCGCGCACCCCUCAUCAAGCUGCGGCUGAACGGGGAGACGCGUAAUCCCAACGAGGGCCGGCUGGAGGUCUAUUACAACAGAACCUGGGGCACCGUCUGUGAUGACGAGGUGGAUAUCAACCUUGCGAACGUUGCCUGCAGAGAGCUUGGCUUCGAGAACGCACAAACCUGGGCUCACAGCGCCAGGUACGGGGUUGGCAAAGGUCCAAUCUGGUUGGAUAAUGUGCGCUGCAAGGGCACUGAGAAGUCGCUGGUGGAGUGCAGCGCCAAUGACUGGGGGGUCAGCGACUGCGAACACACCGAGGACUUGGGCGUGAUAUGCAGCGAGAAAAAGCGCCCCGUGAUUAGUCAGCAAGGGGGGCGUCCUGUCAACAUUGUUAGCCAGGGUGGCAGCGGAGUGAAGAUUGAGGAGGUCCGUCUCCGUCCACUUAUGACUGGUGCUAAGGGCCGUGCGCCCAUCAGAGAGGGCGUGGUAGAGGUGAAGCAUGCUGGGAGGUGGCGGCAGGUGUGUGAUGUGGGCUGGACACUCAACAACAGCAGGGUGGUGUGUGGCAUGUUGGGUUUCCCAUUGGAGGCUCAGCACAACACCAAGAUGUACAAAAAGCUUUGGGAUACCAAGGUCAACAAUCCAACUACCAGACUCGGCACAAUGUCCCGGAAGAAGAGUUUCUGGGUGGAGAAGGUGAGCUGCCAUGGCAACGAGCCUAGCCUGUCAGACUGUCGGGUCCAGCUUUCUAUCUCCCGCAACAGCCCCCCCUGCAGGAAAGGCAUGCACGCCAUCACACGCUGCGUCUUGGGAGCAGAGCUCAGCAACGCCCUGAACACCGGCCGCCAGACACACUCCCACAGAGAGCCCUCAGUCCGGUUGAAGGCGGGCGCUCGGCUGGGCGAGGGUCGCGUGGAGAUACUGCGUGAAGGGAAGUGGGGCACGGUGUGCGAUCACCAGUGGGACCUGGUCUCUGCCAGCGUGGUGUGCCGGGAGCUGGGGUACGGCACAGCAAAGGAGGCUGUGAGAGGAGCGUACAUGGGGCAAGGAUUGGGCCCCAUCCACAUAAACACAGUGCAGUGCAGUGGGCAUGAGCGCUCCAUCACUGAGUGCUACUUCCAGGACCUGGCCACCAGGGAGUGCACUCACUACAAUGAUGCCUCUGUCAGGUGCAAUGUGCCUAAGAUGGGACUUGACAGCAAGAUUCGCCUGGCAGGGGGGCGCAGUCCUGGGGAGGGUCGUGUGGAGGUGCUGAUGGAGGUCGGAGGUCGGAAGCAGUGGGGUGCGGUGUGCAGCGAGUCCUGGGGUCUUAACGAGGCCAUGGUGGUGUGUCGACAGGUGGGCUUUGGAUUUGCCUCACACGCCCUACAGGAGACUUGGUACUGGCAGGGUGACCCAAGCGCCAGUGAGGUGGUGCUGAGCGGGACGACGUGCUCCGGGACCGAGCUCUCGAUCCAGCAGUGCCAGAAGCACAGGCAGGUACACUGCCCUCAAGGGGGCGGGCGGCGUGCUGCAGGGGUCACCUGUAGUGAGACGGCCCCGGACCUGAUUCUGAACGCUCAGAUGGUCCAGGAGUCUGCGUACCUGGAGGACCGGCCACUGCACCUGCUCACCUGCGCCCACGAGGAGAAAUGCCUCUCCUCCUCCGCGGACCAUAUGAACUGGCCCUACGGACAGCGGCGCCUGCUUCGCUUCUCCUCACGCAUCCACAACCUGGGCAGGGCUGACUUCCGCCCACGUGCAACUCGAGAAUCCUGGAUCUGGCACCAGUGCCACAGGCACUACCACAGUAUUGAGGUGUUCACACACUACGACCUCCUGACCCUCAAUGGCAGCAAAGUUGCAGAAGGUCACAAGGCCAGCUUCUGUCUGGAAGACACCCACUGCCCGGACGGGCUGCAGAAACAGUACGCUUGUGUUAACAUGGGACAGCAGGGCAUCUCUGUGGGCUGCUGGGAUACCUAUCGACACGACAUUGACUGUCAGUGGGUCGACAUCACGGAUGUCAUACCAGGGGACUACAUCUUCCAGGUUGAAGUAAAUCCCCACUUCGACAUGGUGGAGUCUGAUUUCACAAACAACGUAAUGCGCUGCCGGUGUAAAUACGAUGGGAGUCGGAUCUGGAUGUACGGCUGUCACACAGGUACAGUAUUGAACUCACACACUGCAAAGAACACAUAUGCAGUGGCUGUACCCUGCAAAAAAAAAAAACCACAAAAUAAAUAAUUGUAUUUAUGUAUCUUUGGCAAUCGAGCUGCAAAAGGAAAAAGGUUUUGGCUGUAGCCCUCCUAUAUAAUGAUGCUUAAUAUUCAGUUCUAGAAGCCUAUACAUAGCUAACCAAUGUAUAGGCUUCUAUACAUGCCUGUAUUGUUAAAUCUCACCUGUAGCCCAAUGUUAAAAUGUCAUUCUUCUCUGAUUCCUUCCUCCCCCCAUUCAUCUAUCAGGAGACGCAUAUAGUGAUGAAAUUGAGGAUCUGUUUGAGCACCAAAAUCGGAUCUCCAAUAACUUGAUCUAAAUGUUCACCCUGGAAAUUCCUGGUAGAACCUGGAAUCAGGAAUGGGAAGAACUGGACCUUGAAUUCUGGACUUGACACUUACCUCAACACGUGCAACACUAACACAAAGCACAGCAGUCUUUUUGUGGGGAAGUCAAGUGGAUUUAAAGUGACAAAGGUUGCUCCUUUAAAAAUCCAUUUGAAUCCUUUCUGUAGGAUUUGUAAAUCUUUAUGCCAGUGUCUUUCAGUUUGAGUAUUUUCUGUUUUUAUUUUUUAAUGCAUACAAUUCUUUAGGACAGAGUAACUUUAUAAAAAAAAUAAAAAAUUAUAUAUAUAUAUAUAUAUAUAUA